GCAAAAGGAUAGAACCGUCUCGACCAGGGCACUAGGACUGGAAGAUCGGGCUGUGUCUAGGCCGCUGUCCGCGAAAUCCGAGACGUUUUUUCAGCUUGGCUAGGACCGACUUCGCCGCCGGUUCUCUGCAACAAGAGCCCGGAACAGGCGAAGCGCAGCCCAGCGUUCGGGCCGUAGGGAAAGAGAGUAUUUAUUUGCGGCGUGAGGGGACCCAGCUGGAAUACGCCUGAGGAGCUCGCCCUAAACCCCGCGCUCCGCCGCCCGCCCCUUGCUCUCAAGGCGCCUGUGUCUCCUUUUCCACCAGGUAGAGCUGGAAGGAGGAAGCGGUCUUUGAAUUUUCAGUUACAAGACCCUGGUUAGUAACAGGGCUUUCUGUUUGUUUGUUUGUUUGUUUCCUUUUGCCUUACCCAGAUUUCCUUAGAAAACGUUCAGUAGGAACAUUAAAACCUGUGUGGCGAAAUCCAGGAGGAACCAGAAUAUUCUAAAGCACCUGGGGCUGACGCGAAAUUAUCAGAAUCGUUUUCUGGCGUUUUGGACAGGUUAACAUUUUGUCAGAGCCCCAAAAUUCCAGAUCUGCAACCAAAGUGACUCUGGACUUGCAGCGUCUAUGAGACCAGCAGAUCUGGAAGAAAAACGUAUGGAUUUGGGAUUUGCAGGAGUUUGUAAAGGCGCAGAUCAGACCUCGACUUUCAACUGUCCUACCUCCCUCUUGGAGUAACCCAUGGGGAAACCGGAAAGCCAGGGGUUAAAGUUGGCCCAGGAGCAUCCAGGGGACGACUGGCGCUGCGCCUUGGCCCGGGCCUCAGUCUCUCCCUUCCUCUCAUUGGUUCGCGCUCUCGGGGUUUCUCUUGUUCCCUCCUCGCUAUUGGUUGGGGGCUGGCUUUUUUCCCCCUCAGUCUUUUUCUUCCUCCCCCUCCCUCUCCCUCACCCCUCGGACAGGAGCGCACCGCCUGCCCCUGUUCCUCGGGAAGGGAGGAAUUUAGCGGAAAAAAAAGUUUCCCAGAAGUUUGGAUCACAGGGAGGACGGGAAGGCAGAGAAGAAGAGAGAGAGAGAGGGAGGAGAGAAAAAGAGAGGGAGGGGAGAGAGAGAGAGGAGAGAGAGAGAAUAAUAAUAAUAACAAAAACAAGAUGAAGUUCAGUGGACACAGCCUGUGAGCGCCUGCCCCGGUGGGUGGGAAGCAGGACUCGGGCGCUCAUGCAGCGAGCGGGCGGCGCUCGGGGCGCUAGUUCCUAGCAGCUGGGCCAGCGUAGGGGCGCAGGUCGGAUCUGGCAGAGGAGGGCGGAGGAGGACGCAGGGGGAGGGUGGAGAGACCCGCGAGUCGCCGUCUCAGCCUCGUCCGCCGCGCCUCCGCCUCUCCCGGGCCGGGCCCGGUGGGCGCUCCGAGCUUGAGGGCGCCGGCUGCUCCCUCGGUAGCGGGGGCAAGCGGAGGCAGGGGUGUGGGCGGCUAAAAUGAGUGAAAGGAGAAGAUCUGCAGUCGCCCUGAGCUCGCGAGCACAUGCCUUCUCCGUUGAAGCCUUGAUCGGCUCAAAUAAAAAACGGAAACUGCGAGACUGGGAGGAGAAGGGGCUGGACCUGUCCAUGGAGGCGCUGAGCCCCGCGGGCCCACUCGGAGACACGGAGGACGCGGCGGCACACGGCCUGGAGCCUCACCCGGAUUCUGAGCAGAGCACCGGUUCAGAUUCUGAGGUCCUCACUGAGCGGACUUCCUGCUCCUUCAGUACUCACACUGACCUGGCCUCUGGUGCUGCAGGCCCUGUGCCUGCUGCCAUGUCUUCCAUGGAGGAGAUUCAGGUGGAGCUGCAAUGUGCUGACCUCUGGAAGCGGUUCCAUGAUAUUGGAACUGAAAUGAUCAUCACCAAAGCAGGCAGGAGGAUGUUUCCUGCCAUGAGAGUGAAAAUCACUGGCCUAGAUCCACAUCAGCAGUACUACAUAGCAAUGGACAUUGUGCCUGUGGACAAUAAAAGAUACAGAUAUGUGUAUCAUAGCUCCAAGUGGAUGGUGGCUGGCAAUGCUGAUUCCCCUGUGCCCCCAAGAGUUUAUAUACACCCUGAUUCUCUAGCUUCUGGAGACACCUGGAUGAGACAGGUGGUCAGUUUUGACAAACUCAAGCUUACCAACAAUGAAUUGGAUGAUCAAGGACAUAUCAUUCUGCACUCUAUGCACAAAUACCAGCCUCGAGUUCAUGUGAUUCGCAAAGACUUCAGCAGUGACCUUUCACCCACUAAGCCUGUUCCUGUUGGGGAUGGGGUGAAAACGUUCAACUUUCCUGAGACUGUGUUCACCACAGUUACUGCCUAUCAGAACCAGCAGAUUACCAGAUUAAAAAUUGACCGAAACCCUUUUGCUAAAGGAUUCAGAGAUUCUGGGAGAAACAGAACUGGACUUGAAGCCAUCAUGGAGACGUAUGCAUUCUGGAGACCUCCUGUGCGCACACUCACCUUCGAAGACUUCACCACCAUGCAGAAGCAGCAAGCCUCAAAGAAGACUUCUCAAGGAUACACAGUGAAUCAGCACUCCUCAGAGACAGAUGCCAUUGAAUUAUACGAGAGAAGAGUCUGGCUCAUGGAACGAAGAGGCAGCACAGGCACUUCCCCAACCACCUCCAGCACUGGGACACCAUCCCCUUCGGCUUCUUCUCAUCUUUUAUCUCCAUCCUGUUCUCCUCCAACUUUUCAUCUGGCCCCCAACACUUUCAAUGUGGGUUGCCGAGAAAGCCAGCUGUGUAAUCUAAACCUCUCUGAUUAUCCACCAUGUGCCCGAAGCAACAUGGCUGCCUUGCAGAGCUACCCAGGGCUGAGUGACAGUGGCUACAACAGGCUUCAGAGUGGCACCACUUCAGCCACUCAGCCCUCUGAAACCUUCAUGCCCCAGAGGACUCCAUCCCUGAUCUCAGGAAUACCAACUCCUCCCUCAUUGCCUGGCAACAGCAAGAUGGAAGCCUAUGGUGGCCAGCUGGGGUCCUUUCCCACUUCCCAGUUUCAGUAUGUCAUGCAGGCAGGCAAUGCUGCCUCCAGCUCCUCAUCACCACACAUGUUCGGGGGCAGCCACAUGCAGCAGAGCUCCUACAAUGCCUUCUCCCUUCACAACCCUUACAACCUGUAUGGAUACAAUUUCCCCACUUCCCCUAGGCUAGCUGCAAGCCCGGAAAAACUGAGCGCCUCUCAAAGCACUUUACUCUGUUCUUCUCCUUCCAACGGGGCCUUUGGAGAGAGGCAGUACCUGCCGUCAGGGAUGGAGCACAGCAUGCACAUGAUUAGCCCUUCACCCAAUAACCAACAGGCAACCAACACUUGUGAUGGCCGGCAGUAUGGGGCAGUUCCAGGCUCCUCCUCCCAGAUGUCGGUGCACAUGGUUUAAAGGCCAGUCCAAACACCACGGAGCAUUUGGCAAUCAAGGCCCUAGAGUCUCCAUGGUCAGAUCCUCCUCUUUGGGAGUCCAGUGUCUUUGAAAAACAGGAACCGUGUUUUUUUUUUUUUUUUUUUUCUGGAGGAAGACAUAUACCCAAGAACAAGAGAUACCUUUAAGCCAGUGAAGGAUACUUGCGGUAGAAUCAUCCACAACUCAGUGGCCAUUCUUCUGCCUUCCCAGACCUUAGUUUUAUAAAGCAUUGUCUGUUCCAGAGUGGCCUUUGAAGAGACUGAAUAAUCACUUCGUCAUAAUGUUAAGGGAGAUGCUAGUGUGUGGCAGCCAUGAAAAGUUACACAUACACACCCACAUACAGACAGACCUACCUAUACAUACAUGCACACACACAUACAUAUUCAUACACAUGCAAUCAUACAUGCACACUGACUCUGAACUGGGUGAACUCUGUGGAGGGAGGCCCAGAAUGGGUGCUUUCACCAAGAAUUUGUCUAUGUACAACUCUAGAUGGAGUGGGCCAGCAGUAGCUGCCAGUCUUUCUCCCCUGCAGCUUCCUCUGCUUCUGGAAUGAACCAUGUAUCCUGGAGACCCUCCCCAUGGAUGAGAGUGGAAAGACAUCAGUACAACUGGACUUGGCUUCCGGAAAAAGAUUGCUUUUGAACUUUGGCUCUCCUCACUUGUAUGCUAUCAUUGAUAUUCCCAGUGGUGCCCGUGGAAAGAGGGAGAAAGAAAAGCUGAACAAGAGAAAGACAAACAGAAAGAAUAGAGAACAGGAGCGAGGUGGAGAGCAAGACUGACAGAGAAAGUGUGAGCAAUGAUGAGAAUUUUAAUUCACCAAGGAGACGUGUUUUUGGUUUGUCCCCCCAAACCCCGCCCACCCCACUACAGGUUAUGGAAAGAAUCAUGGCAUUACUGAGGAGUAAACCUCUCUGGCACACUGAGCACGGUCAGGGCAUUGGUCAGAGGGACAGAGCAAGGAAUGCAUCCUGAGCCCACAGCUUUGACCACUGUGAUCCGGAAGAGAGGUGCACUAUGUGGGAAGUGCUGAUUCCACAGCAUGCAGCCUGGUAGGGGAAGGAAAAUAAAAGGGUGUGAAGAAGGAAUAGUUUUAUAAUCUCGGAAGCUGAUACCAAGAGCAGAGACAACAAAUAGAGGCCUGGCCUCCAGGUGCCGGAUCCAGACACCUGACCUAGAAUGCCUGCCCGCUAUCCCUGUGGCAGGAAAUAUCCCCUCAUGUCCCAGGGAAUUGCAGAUGGGUCUUCUAUACCCUUCUACCUGCCCUUAGAUCUCCAUUUUUAUCAAAUAGUACAUUGCAUUUUGAAGUUUUGGGUUUUGUCCUUCAUCUUUCCCUUUCCCUUCAAAUCUUUUAAUGGUAAGAAAGCAAGUAAAGCUUGGUGCAAGCUAAAAUUUUUAAAUCGUGUGGAAAUGCAAAUAAUACCAAGUAAAAUAAUACAGAUAUUAUUAAAGUUUCUGGUUUUGAGGUGUUGUAGAUAAAUGUAUUUAUGUGCCUAGUGGGGAAUCCAAUAUUAUGAAUAUGAAAAAGGGGGCAAUAAAAGGGUAUGUAAAAUAUGUAUGAAGAAAAGGUGUAUAAAAAUUUGCCCUUAUGCACGGAACUCUGUUUCUAAGUGCCAAGCACAGAAAGCCGCUAAAUAAAAUCUUUGCAAUUGU